AUGGAUGAAAAAAAUAAACUUGAAUUUAAAGAAUAUACUCGCUGUGCUGCAGAUAAGUCUUCUGUUUGGCAACAUUUUUUGCGGACAUCAGAUGGCCUUCAUGCUCAAUGCAAGAUGUGUAAAAAAUGCGCUGUCCUGGACGUGCUAUACAAAGCUGAUAACACAGAAGGUAACACCGGCAUCACUGUUAACAGACCUUGCGAUAGCUCUGACUCUGAGGACGAAAGUGAUAUAGAGAACGAAGAUAAAAAUCGUUUUGGCACCGAAGCUGACCCCAGUGGGGUCAUUCCCAAGCUGGUUUAUAAAGAAUUGAUAACUAAAGUCCGGAAAAUAGUAAAAUUUCUCAAAGGUUCGCCUACUCGCAUGGAUAUACUCAAUUCUUACCUGGAGACCAAAUCUAAAGACACGACACUGAUCCUCGAUUGCAAGACUCGUUGGAGCAGCCUUGCUGAUAUGAUAGCAAGAUUUCUAGAAUUCAAAGACGCAAUUCAAAAGACAUUAAUUGAUCUCAAAGAGAAGACUACCUUUUCAGAUACUGAAAUAUUAAUUUUGAAAGAUAUGUCUAGUUCUCUCAAUUUCAUAAAGGCCACAGUUGAAGAACUUUGCGAGCGAAAAUCAAACUUACUAAUCGCAGAAAUUGCACUUCAAUUCAUGAUGGAAAAAUUGGCGAUGAAUCCAGACGUUAUUAGUGGCCAGCUUAAAGAAGCUUUAAAUAGAAGAAUCUUGCAGAGGAGAAACGCUACACUGAUAACAACUGUCUUUGAAGCUGAAGAUGGCCUGCCUUUAAGAGAAAUACAAAGACAGCAGCGCCUUGAAGAUGAGAGGGAACAGGAGACAGCCAAGACAUUCAAGGAACAGUUAAAGACAAAAGUUAAUGAAUCCGUGCACAAUACUGCUGAGGAAUAUGUUGGAUAUGGUUUUGAAUUCAUUUUUAAUCUUGGCUAA